GCGCGCUCGAGGGCUCAGAGCGCUCUCACCGGCCUGCGCCCCGGCCUUGCGCCGGGCAUGUGAGCCACCAUGGCCUCGCCGCGCGCCUCGCGGGGCCCGCCACCGCUCCUGCUGCUCCUGCUGCUGCUCCUGCUGCUGCCCGCGGCUCCCGGGACCUGGGGCCAGGUGCCCGCCCCGGCCCGCCGCGCGCCCCUCUCCGGCACGGGGCUCCGUAGGCCCGCGCCCCUCGCUCCCGGCCACGCGAUACGGCGGGAACGCUCCGGCCGGGUCCCCCGAGGCGUGAGCGCCGCUGCUAUAAGGAACAACUGGCCAGAAAGUAAUACUGAGCCCCACAUAGAAAACAUUGCCUUUUAUCAGAAUCCAGAGGACUUUUCAACUGUGGAUUCCAAAGAGGGUACUUUGGUUCAGACCUCCAGAAUGAGCCAUACUUCUUCAGAAGCUCCAGAAAACCUCACUCUCCUGAUUGAAAAAGCAAGUGCUGAAGGAAGGAAAGAGUCUUCAAGUAGAAGAGAUUUCACCAUCUCCCCUGCUGUGCACUCACCUGAGAUUGCAACAGUGCUGACUUCCCAGGACAGUACGUUCUCCUUGGAAAGGCUUCACAUGCGAUCCAGCAGUUCUGAGUCAGAAGGAAAAAUUGCCUGUUCUCACAUGGAGAGCAGAACAUCCCAGGGCUUCCUGGAGAGGGUGAAGGGUGUCCCAGAAGUGGUGACUGGGCAUAUUCAAAUGUCUGGCACUUCAGUUUUGAGCCAGUCCUCUCUUCCUGCUUUGGAGCCAGGAGAACCAACCAUGCUCUCCAUGAAAAGAAAUUCCUCAGGACCACAGCUCUCAUUGUUUCAUUUCUCCAGGACACCAGCUUAUUCUCCUUCUUCAGACCAUUCUUCAUGUGAGUACUCCUCUCCUGGAACUAUAAAGGAACAUAACUCCAGAAUUUUCCAAAGCCCAUCAGUCAGCCAGACCAAGAGUAUGCAUGUUGCCACUACAUUCACUGACGAUGCAAGUGCCCCAAGGGAGCUCCAGUCUUUGCCCGUCAGUCUGGGGCCUAUAAACAAGACAGUGGGUUUUCCUGAGGACUCCAAAAUUGCCGCAACUUCAGCCACGGUCCACUCUUCACCCUCUGUGGUAGAAUUGCGAAGAAACCGUAGCAUAGCCAAGAACCCAGCAGAUGAAGAAUUCAUUCAGCCAUCCACAGAAAGUGAAUUUGAUAUUACAUCUUCACAUAAGCAAAAUGAUUCCCCAACCUUUGGAAGGCAUCAGCUUACUAGUGGCCCAGAAGCAGGAAAUAAAAAUUCCAUGCCUCACACUGAGACUGUGUCUAAGUCAGUCCCCUCUAUCAGAGGUGGAGAGAGCACAGCACACUGGUUCUUGACCAACAGUAAGACAUCUGCAGAUGUGACAGGAAGUUCUGCUUCAUAUGAUGAAGUUCUGACCCAGUUCUCAGACUCUGCACAACAGUCCACAGCAGGCAACUUAGCACUGGAUGAGAGAAGUUACUCAGAGUCUUCCUCACAACGCCUGGAGUCCUCAGCACAACGUGGAGAACAUUCAACCCAGGAAGACAGCGCGGUGCCUGGCCUCUCUUCUGCCACAGAGGAGAGCACUUCCGGGGCGCACCCCCGCGGCGCACACACCUUGGCCACGCUCACCCGAAUCGGGGAACGCACGUUGCGCUCUAUCAGUCUCACCGAUGUGGUGACCUCCGCGGAGGCAGGCCGCUCUGCGAUGGCGACCGGGGAAACUGAGGGCACUGCUCAGCGCAGCAACGUGACAGACGACAUGGGCCUACUCUCACAGUCAACGGCCGCCUUGCCUGCCCUUGGAGUCACUGGAUUUAGCUAUGGUCAAGUGAGUGGCACAGAUACUGAACAAAGGACUUCCAGUGACCACACAGACCACACCUAUGUUUCAUCUGCUUUCACCAAAGGAGAACGGGCAUUACUGUCCAUUACAGAUAAUAGUUCAUCCCUAGACACCAGCGAGAGCUCAACUUCUUAUAUUAAGAUCUCAAAUGCUUCAUAUUCAGACUAUUCUUCCUCUUCUCGUGUUCAGACUAAAAGAAGUAAUGUUUCGUCCUAUGAUGGGGAAUACUCUCAGCCUUCCACUGAGUCAUUAGUUCUGCAUACAUCCAACUUUCCAUCCUACACACCCACCAUUAAAAUACCAAACAUUUUUGUUCCUCUGGGCACUGAUACUGGAUCUGUUGGUGACUCGUCUUCUUCAGAAUCCCCUUUGCCUCUGCCCUCAGUGUCACAAUCCCUCCAGGUCUCAUCAAGUUUACCAUCAACCAGGACCUCCACACAUCAGCUAAAGUCUACCUCUGAAGUGUCCACAACUUCAUCUUCCCCAUCAACACUUUUAUCAGUAUCCUUGAUGGCAUCUACCACACUUUCAGUCUCACAAGCAACCUUACCACAUCCAUCUUCUACCCCAGUCCUAUCCAGAACAAGGGAGACACCUGUGACAUCAGUUCAGAUGUUGACAAUGGCAUCAUCCAUAGCAAUGAGCCACAGUAGUCAAACAGCAGAUCCCCAAAACCAGAGCACUCCACAGCAAGAGAAAAUUGUUACAGAAGCAAAGUCACCAAGCCUGGUGUCUCUGCCCACAGAGUCCACCAAAGCUGUGACAAAAAGCUCUCUUUCACAAGUCCCUUUGCCCUCAGCCUUAACAGAAUCCUCCACUGAGCCCACCCUUACAGCCAUGAGCACCAGCCUAGCCCACAUGUCUCCAACAUUGACAACCACCACUCUUAAGACUUCUCACCUUCCUGUGGUCAGUCCCAGCACAUUGUCAAGCACAGAACCUCUGAUCACUGGCCCUGGAGCUAUACUUACUACAACUGGAAAACAGCUCUUGUCAACCCAUCCUGAAAUUCUAGUGCCACAAAUCUCAACAGAAGGUGACAUCAUCACAAAGAGGAACCAAGUGCAUACAGAUGCUACAACCCAAUUGAUCCCUCUAACCAGCGUACCCACAUCAGCAAAAGAACUGACCACAAGGCUUGAUGUUACAAAAGAGUACAGCCCUGCUUCGCCUUUCCUCAGAACAUCACCUUUUUCCAAAACCACAGAUGUUUCUACUGCUGAAAUGUUGACUCCUAAAUCUCCUACCCCCACUGCCCAGAGUAGCACACAGUCACCAAUGGCAUUGUCACCAGUCAACAGCUGUGCCACAAACCCAUGUCUUCAUGAUGGCAAAUGCAUUGUGGAUCUCACUAGUCGCGGCUAUGUAUGUGUAUGUCCCCCUUCAUGGCAAGGAGACAACUGCAGUGUGGAUGUGAACGAAUGCCUCUUGAACCGCUGCCCACGUCAGGCCAUAUGUAACAAUACUCAGGGAUCUUUUAUCUGCAGAUGCCCAGUAGGGUACCAUUUGGAAAAAGGAAUAUGCAAUUUGGUUAGAACCUUCGUGACAGAGUUUAAAUUAAAGAAACAGUUUCUUAAUACUACCUUGGAAAAACAUCUAGAUGUACAUGAAGUUGGAAAUGAGAUUACCAAAACGUUAAAUGUGUGUUUUUCAACAUUACCUGGUUAUAUCCGAUCCACAGUUCAUGUGUCUAGGGAAUCCAGUGCGUUUGUGACCUCACUGCAAACCAGCUUUUCCCUGGCCUCCAGUGUGACACUGUUUGACCUGAAUGAUGGGAUUCAGAAAUUUGUCAACUCCUGCAGGUCCUCUUCUGAGGUCUGCCAACUCUUGGGAUCUCAAAUUCGGGUCUUUAGAGCGGGCAGCUUGUGCAAGCGGAAGAGUCCCCAGUGUGACAAAGAGACCUCCAUCUGCACUGACCUGGAUGGUGUUGCACUGUGCCAGUGCAAGUCAGGCUACUUUCAGUUCAACAAGAUGGAUCACUCCUGCCGAGCUUGUGAAGAUGGAUAUAGACUAGAAAAUGAAACCUGUAUGAGUUGCCCAUUUGGCCUUGGUGGUCUCAACUGUGGAAAUCCCUAUCAGCUCAUCACUGUGGUCAUCGCAGCAGCAGGAGGCGGGCUUCUCCUUGUCCUGGGCAUUGCACUGAUUGUCACCUGUUGCAGAAAGAAUAAAAAUGACAUAAGCAAACUCAUCUUUAAAAGUGGAGAUUUCCAAAUGUCCCCAUAUGCUGAGUACCCCAAGAACCCUCGCUCCCAAGAGUGGGGCCGAGAAGCUAUUGAAAUGCAAGAGAACGGAAGCACCAAAAACCUCCUGCAGAUGACUGAUGUGUACUACUCGCCCACAAAUGUAAGGAAUCUCGAACUUGAACGAAAUGGACUCUACCCGGCCUACACUGGAUUGCCCGGCUCUCGGCAUUCUUGCAUCUUCCCCGGACAGUAUAACCCAUCUUUCAUCAGUGAUGAGAGCAGGAGAAGAGACUACUUCUGAGUCCAGGCAAGAGAGGGCCCGCUGCCCUGAGCCAGGUCCUUGGCACCUCUGCGGCUCAGAGGACUGCGCCAAAGGGAGCACCGUGCACUGGCCGCUCCCAGCCUUGUCAGAGCCACACAUAAAUGGCAAGAGAAAGACAAGCGUGAGGGCCGUGACCACAGUGGAAGGGGCCAGAUGGAUAUGGAAAUGCAGGCUGCUUGUUUGGCACCUUUCUUGUUGCUGUGAAUGUGUACAUGGGCCAGUACCAAGCGAGUCUCUUGAGUGACUGAUGCAGCACUGGCACGAGAGACGGCUGUGAGCCCCAGCGGACCACUGGGUUUCAUUGCAGGGACCCAGUUUUCCCUGAGUUUGCACUUUAGUCAACUGGGCAUGCAGGUCUCCUUUUGGAUUUGUCUCAAAGCUGUCCCAAAGAGUCACUGAGACACUUCCAGACGCCAGGCUGCAGUUGGUGAUGAACGUGUGGCCAGAUGCUGGCUUUUGUUUCCCUGCCUGGCACCUGCUGCUGAACAACAGUUGGGGAUUGACAUACCACUAGUUUUGAAGUUGAGCAUCCAAUAUUUUAAUGCUUCUAGGUUGCCUUAUGCUACAGUCUCUAAGCCAACCCCCAAAAUGAGGAAUUGACAUUUUUGAGGCAUAGCACCCAACUCUCUUGUCUUUUUUAAGUCAAGGUGACACAUUUUUUUAUAAUGGUUUUUUUCCUUGUACAGUUAAAUCUCACUUUUCUGGGCAAAUGGACUGGGGCAAAACAACUUACAAUUGGUUUUAGAGGCAUCCAGGUGCCCCAUAGUGAGGCCAGACAGGCAGAAUUGGGAGCUGGUCCUAUAGGUGGUGGGACACUUGUUAUCUGUGAGGGCAGCACCUGGGCUCUGGGACUUUACCAUCAAGAAAGCCAGUGGCUGCAAUGGAUAGAAAAAAGGAAAGCUGAGUCUGCCUGGACCUGAGCUAGUGUUUCAUCACUAGAGGAAAACCUGCUGCAGUCCCUGAAGGUGAACAAGGUUAGAGGAAUGGGUCAGAUGGGCAUGGUAGAUUUCUUGUAUCACCAGCACUGUGGGAAGCCAUAGGGAAUUUCUGAGCUAGAAUAGGAGCUAGGAUGAAGCCACAGGUGAGUGUGCUUACCUGCUAAUCUUUGUAUCCAGAAUUUCAUCCACAAAGUCAGUGUAACCUUUCAACCAAAGUUAUUUAUUCAAUGAAGAAAUAACUUAAUAUCUCUUACCCGGUCCUUGGUACCUAUUUGUGACUCUCCAGUGCCCUCCAGAGACACAGACUCCAAGACUGCAUUGGGGGACUAAAGACUGCCCAGCUAGGGGUCUGAGUGCUUGCCUGUGGGAAGGAAAUGCCAAAGCUGUACGUAUUGUGCCUGUGCCGUGGAUCCUGCAAGGGAGGCUUGUCCAGCGCUUGGUGUCUUUUAACUGCUCCCUGUGGAAAUAUGUUCAUUUAUCUUCUUGUAGAACAUCCUGGUGUUGGUUGAAGUGAAGGGAACAUGGAAGUAAAAGAAUUUGUCCCCACCCUGAAGCUGGGAGCUCAGUUGUGCACAUUGGAACACAUUUCUGGAAAUAGCACCACUGCUGGGGACAGUUCUGCCCUGGGCAUGGUAGCCUCUUCAUGGUUCCUAUGAUCUCUUCAUGCAGUCCUUAUCCUAUCAGGGUUAGGUAUGAACUCCUGUGUCCUGCAGUCUCCACGGUGUACCAACACCUGCUAUGGCAGGAGCACUAGUCAGAUGCAGUGAGUUUCAGUAAUUAGAUUGCACUCAUCUCAUGAGACAAGUACAUAAAGCAUUCUGUUACUGUCAGUGGAUGUUAAAAUCUCAGAGUGUCGCCAUUUUGAAUCCUUGGGUCUGCAUCUCUUCUGUGGAACCAACUGGCCCUUUGCACCUUGCAUCUACCUGGAGAGCUCUGAGCUCCACACUCAGCUCACCUGAGCCAGCAGACUUGGCUCCCUUGUGAGACCACCUCCUUCCCAUCCUUUGUGCUGUGUCCCCCAGCUACAGGAAGAGCCACCACGGCAGCUGCUCCUGGACUACACUUCUAACUUCAGCUGACACCACAGCUGGCAAAUCAUCUCCGGUGUCAGGGCCAGAAGCCUUAAGCCCCACAAUAUGAAGCAUCCUGUCCUGUUCCAAACGCAUGCUUGGGAAGAAUCCUAAUGUUCAAAAAAGAGCAUUCUGUGAGUUCCAGAAAUGUUUGUUCACGGGUUUUGUCCAAAUGGAGUGGAUUAGGAAUAGUGUUUCUUUUUCAUUAUGAAAAAAGGAGCCAAGCAAGGUUGAGUGCACAGUAUCUACAGUUUCAAGGAGGAGGGUGAAGGUGAGGGCAGAGAAGGCUUGAGAGGGACAUGACUUACCUGUUGCUCACUGCCUGUCUGGGCAAGGAAGGGAGAGGCUGGGCUCACUCCUGUUGGGGUUUUAUCUCCAGAAGGCCCCACCUGGGCUGAGAGGAAACAGCUGUAGGGUGUCAGCAGCCCAGAGAUAAGCAAACAAGACAUCCACCUGACAUGCGGGACACAGUGGGGGCCCAAGUGCUGUGUCAGCCUCCACACCUGGAGUGUGUGGUUUGCAUGCACAGAAAUACCAUGGUCCUACAGUGGGACCCCUGCCACUGGGGAAAAGUGACACUUAGCAUCCCACAGGCUGCUUCUGGGCCACAGGGAACUUGUGUGUCUGGAGAAUGCUGGGGCAGGAGAGCUGGAGAGGGAGGAGUUGGCUCCUGGGCUUUACACACUGGGUGAGCUUAUUUCCAUUGUCUUUUCCUGUCUACUCCACGAGGCACCCCAGGGUGCUAGGAUCUGUUUCUUUAGAAAGAUAUUCCUAUCAUGAACAGGCUCCACGCCAGGUCCUGGCCUCAUAUCACCCUUGCUAGUUAGUUGUGCAUGCUCAUCUCUUGGAAAUAAAAACUUCCAAAGAGGAUAAAUAAUUGGCCUUGUAUUGUUACUGGGAAUUGAACUCAGGGCCCUGCACUUGCCAGGCAGGUACUGCACUGAGCUACUUCCCCAGCUAUAAUUGGUCUUGUAAAGGGAGGAUUCAGAUCACAGUGUGCAUGACUCAGCCUAUGGCUCUUUCCACUGGCUCUCCCAGCCUCACUUCCUGGCAGAUAGAUACCUUGCCGUGCAGUAUAUUUUAAAUCUCACAGAAGGCAAGGGAGAAUGGACCUACAAUUUAAAUUAUUUUUAAAGAAUUUUAAUAUAUUAAGCAGUAACCAAACUAAUGACAUGAAGUACAAAACAUACUGAAUCCCUUUUGAAAAAUGCCCUUUUGGAUUGAUUUUUGUGUGUAUUUCCUGGAUGCUUGUGGUCCCUGUCAAGAAAAUGGUGGCUGGUAUGUGCUCAGCAAGAAGCAUAUUGGUAUGUGGCUUUGGCUGGAGGAAGUGCAAGGUGCUGACCUGGGUGGGUUCUCCACAAGCAUGGCUAUAAUUACACAUCCAAGGGCUGUCAGCCCUGUUCCCAUAGUGAGGCUGUGGUUCCCACAUACGAGAAUGUAUUUUUGUGAACCAUUAUCAGAGCUGGGAACAUCAUCAGUGAGAUGUCUUCAAUGCUGAGCUUCCUUCUUGGAGGGGAAAGUUAUUUUCAGAAGCAGCUUGCUGAAUGGAUGAUGCAGUCAAGCUGGCUGUUAGUAUUUGAGGUUUAAAAAUAAAGGUGGCUUGAGUUAUGGAAGAGGUAGGUCACUGGGCCCGUGGGAGAAGGUAGCAUCUUUGGGUAGGGGGCUGGAUGGCUAUUCAAGGAUAUGUCCUUGAAGGGCACAGUCUAUUCAGAUGUGAAAGUUUCAGAGCAGGCAUGUUAGAGCCACUCCUUUCAAUGUGGCUUUUGGUGCCUCAUUAAGUCACCUUGUCCGCUGGCAGAGGGCUCAGAUGCCCUGGAACUGUGGAACUUUGCCUGGAGAAAUAGCGCUGUACUGUUGAGUCACCCUUGCUUUGCCUAAUACACCCAAAACUAGGGUUUUGAUUCAUAAUUCUAAAAUAUAUUUGGAUUUUGAAAUUAGAGCACCUCUUUGGAAAGAGGAAGAGUGCAGAGUUCCGUAUUUUAUAUUUUAUUUAAAACUGCCCUUAAUAUACGAGAUACUUUUCCUAUCUGAAAGCUUUUGUAGGGGUAGGAAUGGACAUUUUCUUUCCUUCUUUUACAACAUGUCAUUCUAAGGGUUCUUAUGUACAUUUUUAGAAACAAAAAUGUUUUUGUAGAAUUUGCUUUUGGGUAUUUUUUUUUCCCAUAUCUCCAAAGAAGAAAACUGGUUAAAAUGGCAGGCACAUUACUGUAUUAAAUGCCAAUUAAUUGGUUGAUCUAAAGUAAUCUCAGUGUGUUAUACUCCUUCCAAUCUAUGUAAACUAGCUCACAGAAAAGCCCGUAAAACCAAAGGGGAUCCUUUAGGUCUAAAAAGAGACAGAUUCUAGAGUGGAUCUGUCCCGUGAGCAUUUUCAAAGGACAUUUCAAAGAAGUCCCUUAUAGAUUCUAGGGUUGUAAUUUUUUAUGGUGUUUAGUGUCCAUCAGUGCAGACUUCUUAGAAAGGACGCUACAGGGCAGAGAUGUGAUGGGGUCAGUUGUCUGGGAAACUGAUCUAACACACUUGCCUUUCUGUAUCACCCAAGCUUGUUCCAGAAGGAAAGUGAUUGUCUCAUCAUGAGGUGCUGUGGGUUUUGUUAAUGUCUGCAUUGCUGGAUUUAUGGUUAAAUGUAACAUGUAGCUGGAAUGUGAAUUUUCUUAAUUUUCACAUUGUCCUGAAUUGCUCUUUGUAAACCUUAGCCCUUGGUGGAUUUGUUAAACCCAUUAUGAGAAUGUUAUUUAAAGUUGUAUUAUAAUUCCAGCCUCCACUAAUUAUUCAAUACUGUAGCAGCAAAGUAUUAUUUGUAAGAAUUUGGUUAUUUUUAUACUUACAGUCACUCUCAAUCUGGCGUUCUAGUCAGUAAAAUAUUGCAAUAAAAUUAAUAUCCUUUUCA